AUGUACUCGAUGCUCCUCGCCGACGUCCUGAAGCGCUGGCAGGUCCUCAAGGGCAGGCCCGCGAUCCUGUGCACCGGCACCGACGAACACGGGUCCAAAGUCCAGCAGGCGGCCGCCAAACAGGGCGUUGCCCCCAAAGAGUUCUGCGACUCGACGGCCGAGAAGUUCCGCGACCUGGCGCAGGUGAUUGGCAUGGACAAUGACUACUUCAUUCGCACCACCGACCCGGACCAUAUGGAGGCUGUGCAGCAUUUCUGGUUCCUGCUGAAGGAGAAGGGAUAUAUCUACGAGAGCAAGCAUGAGGGGUGGUAUUGUGUGAGCGACGAGUGCUUCUACGCCGCGAAUGAGGUCGAGAGGACGUUGGUGCCGUCGACGGGACGGACGGUGAUGGCGUCGACCGAGACGGGCAACGAGGUCGAGUGGGUCGAGGAGAAGAACUACCACUUCCGGAUGACGGCGCUCAAGGACCGCUUGCUGAAGUUCUACGAGGAGAAUCCGGACUGGAUCGUACCACGGGCAAGGCAGAAGGAAGUUAUCGCUUGGGUACAAAACAACCUUGAGGAUCUAUCGAUAUCAAGACCCGUACAGAGGUUGGACUGGGGCAUUCGCGUACCGGACGAUCCCUCGCAGACGAUUUACGUCUGGGUAGACGCGCUCAUCAACUACCUCACGAAAGCCGGAUUCCCGACAUGGCAGCCUGGGAAAGAGCACGAGGGAGGCUGGCCGGCGGACGUGCACGUCAUCGGAAAGGAUAUCGUGCGGUUCCACGGAAUCUACUGGCCCGCGCUGCUGAUGGCGCUGGAUCUCCCACUGCCGAAGCAGUUGCUAAGCCAUGCGCAUUGGACGUUGGGGAAGAAGAAGAUGUCCAAGUCGUUGGGAAACGUCGUUAACCCGUUCUUUGCCGUCGACCGAUGGGGGUUGGAUACGAUGCGGUACUUCAUGAUGCGCGACGGCGGCAUUGAGCAGGAUGCUGACUACGAGAACUCGUUGGUCGUGGCGCGGUAUCAAAAGGAUCUUCAAUCGACCGUGGGCAACUUGAUGAACAGGGUUGCCAAGAGCAAAACGUGGAAGCUCAGGGACUCCGUCGUGUGGGCAGAAGAGAAUAGCGCCUCUCUGUUGAGCUCUGUCGUGUGGUCGGAAGAGAAUAGCACCACUCUGUUGAGCAGUGAGAAGCUGAAAGCAAGUAUCAACAGCAUGGCGUCUGACAUGUCAAAGAGCAUGGAUGAGUUGAAUCCCAAUGCUGCCAUCCGUGGUGUGCUGGAUGUUCUCGCCGACGCGAACAAGUACAUUUCCCACCUGGCACCGUGGAAGCUGGUCAAGUCGAAGGAUCCCAAAGACCAAGCCACGCUCCACGAGUGCAUCUUCUACACCGCGGAGGCUUCGCGUGUGGCGGGCAUUCUGCUCCAGCCUGUCAUGCCGACCAAGAUGGGACUUCUGCUGGAUACCAUGGGUGUUGACGCCGGCAAGCGGCGCUUCCAGGAUGCGACUUUUGGCGCAGACUUGACAUAUGGUGUCCCGGUGAUCGAUCCAGGCAAGGAAGGAAAGUGGAACGCUUUAUUCCCUCCGCAGGCCGCUGAGGAAUGA